AUGACACUUGACAAGAUUGAAAAAGCAACCCAUAACGAUCCAGUAUUACAAAAAGUUAAGAAAUGUCUGAAAGAGGGAAAAUGGGAUGAGAACGAUCCUGAUCUUAAACCGUUUAGACUUUGCGCCGACGAACUUACGUACAAUGCAUCAGCAGGUAUACUGUUGAAGAACACACGGCUGGUCAUUCCAACAACAUUACAAGAAAGAGCAACAAAAUUAGGUCAUAUCGGGCAUCAGGGAAUUGAGAAAACGAAAAGCCUACUACGCGAAAAGAUCUGGUACCCAAAUAUGGACAAACGAGUGAAAGAAAUGGUAGACAAAUGCAUUCCUUGCCAAUCAGUCGGUCACGGUAAUAACCCGGGGUCAAUGAAAAUAACACCAACCGAAGACAAACCAUGGACUAGUGUAGCAAUCGACUUCUAUGGUCCAGUACCCCGAACUGGUCAAUACCUGCUAGUGGUUAUCGAUACCUACUCAAAAUUCCCAGAGGUAGAAAUAGUCAACUCAACCGAAGCAAAACCUUGCAUACCAAAAUUAGAUACGAUAUUUGCCAGAUAUGGAAUACCAUCAAAAAUAAAAACUGACAAUGGACCCCCAUUUAAUGGGAAAGAAUUUGAAACAUACGCUAAAACCCUUGGUAUUGAAUGGAAAACAAUUACACCACUAUGGCCCCAGGGUAAUGCCGUCGUAGAAAGAUUUAUGAAACCAAUUGGAAAACUCUUGAAAACAGCAGAAAUUGAAGGAAAGAAUUGGAAGCAAGAACUGCAAAGGUUUCUACUUCAAUACCGUUCAACUCCUCAUCAAACUACUAAAGUCGCUCUGUGUGAACUACUUUUUAACAGAAAAAUUCGGGGAUAUUCACCAGAACUCACAAGGAAAAAAGUAGUUAAUAGACACAAGAGGGCGAAGCAGAAUUUGGAGCAGAAGAAAGGAGAGAACAAAGAGUACUACGAUAGAAAUAAAAGAAGCUGGGAUCAAAAAGGGUGA